AUUUACCUUAAGCCCAAUUUAAUUUCAAUACUUCCUAAGAAAAGAUAGAAAAAAAUUGAAGGACUCAGCGAAGUACGAGUAUGAGCCGCAAGAGAGAUAAACCCUACACAAAUCGUCACACACCGGCGCGAAUUUCAAAACGCCGGCGACCAUGGGCGCCUCCGUCAUCAGAACACGAUGAAAUCAUCGACAAACCGAUCACCAAACCCCCGCCGCCACCGGCGCUGGUAGUUACGGGACUUCCCGCCAACUGUUCAGUCCUAGAGCUAAAAUCUCGAUUCGAGAUCUACGGUUCAAUCUCUCGAAUCCGAAUCGACAAAGACGGAUUUGGCUCCGUUUUAUAUCGAACCGCCGAGUCAGCAGAAGCUGCGAUUGCUGGUAGUCACGAGCCUUCUUUUGGUAUCUCCAUCGAUUCCAAAAAGUUGGAGGUAGUUUGGGCGACGGAUCCAUUGGUGAAGUGGAGGGAAGGUGUGACGGUGGGAGAAGGAAAGGAUAAAACGUUGUCGUCUUCGUCUUCGUCUUCGUCGAAGCUUUUACGAUCUGUGAUGCCUUUGAGAAAACAUGGGAGAAGUAGUAGAUUAGCAUCAGCUAUUGUUAAUCCGAGAAGUGAUAAUAGUAGCGGAACAAGUUUAUUUCCGGCGACGAUUAGGGAACUUAAACAGAGAAAUAUAGUAGCCUACGACGAUAUCCUUUAACAUCAUCUAGUACAAUUAUAGUAACUUUUUUUGUGUUCUGAUAAAAACUUUGAUUCUUUUACAUUUUAUGGCAAUUAAAAAGUGUGUAUCUUAUAUGAGUUUAGCUAAUCCUUUUUUCUAAUCUCAGUUCUCAGAUAUUGUGAAUGAGCUGCGUUUUGUUUAUUUGUAUGAUUGUAAGAGAGAAGGAUUCCAAAAUGGCUAGAAGAUUCAAAACUCAACCGUGGAAUGAAGUAAAAAUCGACAA